ACAAUCUUUUUACUUUUUGUCCCACACAGAUGUGCUUUUAAAGUUUAUUAACUUUUCCACUGACCCAGCGACCGUAACAUUUCAAACGGAUUCAAUUGAAGACAACCAUUAAAUUGGACAAUUGAGAGUGAAGCGAAAAUGAUGUAAAGGAAAACUCUCAAGUAGCUUUUGUGCGUGUGCGUGAGUGUGUGUGUGUGUGUGCGCGCCCCUCGUGUGCGAGUGUAUGUGUGCGUGUGUGUGUGUGCGCUUUGGUGUGUGGAAAUUAACGUAGUGUGAAGAAGAGUGGCGAAGGAAAAGCGACAAUUGCAGUCCAAGGCGAACAACAAAAGCAACUUACAACUGAAGGUUGUCCCCCUGCCACACAUUAAACCUUGGCGGAGGACAACACAAAAAGGAUUGCAAGGUCCAGAGGUUAAAAAAGAAACCCAAGAACGACGCCGCCAUGGAGGAGAAACGGAUUGCCGACUAUUUCGUGGUCGCCGGCAUGCCGGAGCAGCCUCAACUACUACAGGAGAACAUCUUCAAUGACUCGGGUCGGCUGAGGGCAGCAAGCACCAUUGAGCCCAUCACGGACAUUGGCGUCUUCUUUCCCCUCCUGGGCGAAGAGAUACCCGAGGGCUUCGAGCUACUGGCACACACGCCCACCGGUUUGCCGGCUAACCUUAAUCAUGGAUCAGUGCGCACCACCGAAUGCUACAUUUACUUUCGACGGGGCAAGGAUCGUCCACCGUUAGUGGAUAUAGGAGUCCUUUAUGAUGGCCACGAACGAAUCAUGUCGGACGCUGAGAUUGUGGCCGAAACACCUGGCGGCCGAGUGGCUAACGUUAACAACUCCACGGCCAAGACCUUCCUCACGUAUCGACGCGCCCGGGCUGAUAUGCCGUGCAACGAACUGGUGGUCACCGAACUCUGUGUCAUCGUCCAGAGCAAGGGGGAACGGGCACCGCAUGCCUUCUGUUUGAUCUACAAGACACUGAACAAGGGCUAUGUGGGCAGCGAUGUGUAUUUGUGCUACAAGAAAUCCAUGUAUCGGCCCAAGCACAUCAGCUACAAGCCGGAGAUCCUGCUGCGUUAUCCCACCGUCGAUCACAACGAUUUCCCGCUGAAUUUGUGUCCAAGCGUACCGCUCUUCUGCCUGCCCAUGGGUGCCUCCUUGGAGGCCUGGCCACAUGUCAAUGGAACGGAGAAGCGAAAGCCCAUUAGUCCUGUGUUUAGUACCUUUGUUCUGACGGUCAACGAUGGCACCUACAAGGUGUAUGGAUCUGCGCUGACCUUCUACGAGGACUACGAUGAGUCUCAGUUGUCGGAGGAACAGAAGGAACUGCUCGGUUGGGAUGAGAAGUUUGGGUCGCAGCACUCGCUGCACAUGAUCAAGGCGAUUUGCCUGCUGUCGCAUCAUCCUUUCGGUGACACCUUCGACAAGUGGCUGAAAUACCUUCACCGAAUGGUAUUAUAUGGCGUCAAUAUACCCAUUCCCGUGGAGCGCUAUAUAACCCAGCUAUUGGAUGAGGUACCAUUUCCGGCGCCAAGCAUUCAUCUCCAGCUGUCUAGCGAGUCCAAUGAUCGCAUUCUGCUCACGCAACCCGAAGAUUCACCGUUGCCAAGAAGCGGCGCUGGCUUUCAUAUGCUACUCCAAAACCUGGGCACUGACAAUUGCCUGCAUGUGCUCCUGCUGGCCCUCACCGAACAGAAGAUACUCAUACACUCACUCAGACCUGCCACACUGACCGCCGUGGCCGAGGCCAUUGUUUCUCUGCUGUUCCCCUUCAAAUGGCAGUGUCCAUAUAUACCACUCUGUCCCCUUGGCCUGGCCGAGGUGUUGCAUGCCCCAUUGCCAUACUUAAUUGGCGUGGAUUCGCGCUUCUUCGAUCUUUAUGAGCCGCCCACAGAUGUGACCUGCAUUGAUCUGGACACGAACAAUAUAAGCUUGUGCGAAUCGCAGCGUCACUUAUCCCCAAAGCUGUUGCCCAAACGGGCGGCUCGCUUACUCCGACAUACCCUAACCGAGCUGGAGAAUGCCAAGCCCAUUAGUUAUGACUCGACGAAUAGCCUGGAUAGGGAUAUAAGGAAACGAAAGCGGGAACUGGUGCUGGAGCAGCGCAUACAGGAAGCCUUUCUGCUGUUCAUGGCCAGCAUUUUGCGGGGCUAUAGGGACUUUCUGGUGCCCAUUUCCAAAGCACCGUCGGUGGGAGCCACCGAUCCGAGUGCCCUGUUUCAGCUGAAGGCGUUUUUGCGGUCACGGGAUAAGUCCUACCAAAAAUUCUUUGAGCUUUUGAUGAAGACCCAGAUGUUCAUCCGGUUCAUUGAGGAACGCUCCUUUGUCUCGGAUGGCGACCAUGGGCUUAGCUUCUUUGACGAAUGCGCGGAAAAGGUGGGCAACUACGAUGAAACACCGGCACAACUGCAUCUUGUGGACUGGGAUACGGGCCAGAAUAGUGAGCGCACCAAGUACAUCUUCCCACCGGAUGGUGGUGUGACGCCUGGACCGCACGAGGAACCAGCCUACAACUAUGAGAACUUUACGCUGCAGCCGCAGCUAUUGGAGGGCACCAAGAAGACGGCUCUGUCCAAGUUCCUGCAACUGCAGCUGAACGCCUCGCUGUCGCCGGGUUCGCCAAUUGCUCGGCGGACCAAGCAUGAGAUCAAGCUGUCCCAAAAGAUGGCCAGCCGUUGUCAGCAGCAUCCGGAGGCAUGGUCCAAGUAUCUGCUGGCUACCUGCUACUCGCUGUACUUUCUCAUUCUGCCCUCCAUGGUGCUCGAUACGCGGCAUGCGGGCAAGGAGCCGGACAUAUUGCGGGCUGCAUACGAUGUCCUGGUGCGAGCUAGUCGGCUAAAGAUCACCUGCGAUGAGUUCUGUUACCGGAUCAUGAUGCAGCUCUGCGGCAUCCAUAACCUGCCCGUGCUGGCCGUGCGUCUGCAUUAUCUGAUGAAGCGAUCGGGCGUCCAGGCAAAUGCCCUCACCUACGGCUUCUAUAAUCGCUGCGUGCUGGAGUCCCAGUGGCCGAGUGAUAGCACCACACUAAGCCAAAUCCGCUGGAAUCGUAUCAAGAACGUGGUGCUGGGAGCGGCACAGUUUCGAAGGGCUGGCAAGCGACGGGCAGCAGCCAAGGUCAACAAAUCACUGAGCGACUCACAGGACCAGAAUCUCAGCACUCUGGAGACGGUGGACGGUCAAUCGCGUAGCAGUUUAGCCUCCUCGGGCGGUGCCGAUGGCGCUGGCGGAGGUGGUGGCCACGGCCUGCUGGACUUUGCCUCCUUCGACCGGCUGCGCAAUAAGUUGGGCAGCAUUGUCCGCCAGACGGUGACGGGUGGCAAUAAUGAUGCAAUGAUGCCCUCGGAUGCCGGCGAGCCGAGUGCUCAGCAUACGGCAACGCCUACCUAUGGCGGUGACACUGAUAUUCUGGCCAAAGCCCUGCAACAGCAGCAGCCGCGCAAGCAAAUCAUGAGCAUCGGUGGCGGCGAAGAUGAGGAUGAGGACGAGGACGAGGAUGAUGAGUAUACGGCGGGAUCGCCAAGCACGCCACAGAAGCAACUCGAUGCGGGCGGCAAUGAGCUGCAAUUUAGCAGCGGUCGAGACUAUGAGGCAGAUGAAGAGGAGGAGGACGACGACGAUGAGGAUGAAGAGAACGCGAAUGCGGAUGACGAUGAGCGUGUGGCCACCCAGCGUCCCAGGCAGCGGGUUCAGAGUCCAACCAAAAUCUCCCCUCGAACGCCUGUCACCCAAAACGAUCCGUUGGGUGCCCUCAAUGAGGAGGAGUCUGCCGCCACAGCUGCUGGCCCUAACCCUGCUGCUGAGGAGCAACAUGAGCAGCAGCCAAGGCAGGUGGAUAGCAGCCUGUAUAGCGACAAGCCGAUUCUCUUCCGCGGCCAGAGAAGUGCCACCUUCGACGAAUCUACGCAAAUAGGGAAAAGCAUGCACCGCUCGGAGACAAUGCCGGUGGCCAGCAGCGGUGUGACCCAUAGUCUGGCCAAUAUUGGAUCCUCGCUAAAGUUCACAUUUGGACGUUAUUCACCCGCACGAUUGUCCCUUAAGAAAGACUUGAAAUUGCCCGCCAAUAUUAUAGAAAACAUAUCGAGCAUAAGUCCCAGCUUGACGGGCAAAAAGUCGAACGAGCUGAUCCAGGGAAGCCUGAGUAGCAUCAAGUACGCCGCCAACUCACUGACCAAGAAGUUCGAUGAGAUCAAGGGCGUCAUUUCGGCCAAUUCGACGCCAACAAAGACGAACAAUGGACACCAGCAGCAGCAGCAUCAUCACCACCCGCACCAUCAUCAUCAUCAUCAUCUUCAUCAACAUCAGCAGCAUAGCAAUCCGGAGCUGGAGGAACAUGACGCUGCCAUCUCUGCCGGCGUUCAUGAGGAUGGCAAACUGCGUCGAGUCUCGAGUGAUUUAGAUCCCUGGGGCAGGCUCAGUGAGUCGCGCAAGUCCAGCUACAACAACCUGGUGCCGCUGGGUGAGAAUAGUUCCAGUGGAGCUUUGCAUAUGCAUGCCUUUCCCGCCCUGCCCGACAAUCUCUACAGUCUGACCGGAGAGGGUGCUGCGGACAGGGACUGCGAUGUUAUGAUUCAACUGACAACAUGCUCACAGUGCCACAAUUGCUCGGUGCUCGUCUACGACGAGGAGAUCAUGAGCGGUUGGACGGCAGAGGAUUCUAACCUAAAUACCACCUGUCAUGCCUGCAACAAGCUCACAGUGCCCUUUCUCAGCGUGCAGAUUGAGCGGCAAGAGGAACAGGCGGAGGCGGACCAGCAGGAGAGUAAGGAUCAGAAUGGUACAAGCAGCAGUAGCAGCCUAACUGUGCCGUAUCUGAAUCCCCUGGUGUUGCGCAAAGAGCUGGAGAACAUACUCACCCAGGAGGGCGACAUGGCACUCAUCAAGCCCGCCUUUGUCGAGGAGCAUCCCAUCAUCUAUUGGAAUUUGCUCUGGCUAAUGGAGCGCAUCGAGGGCAAGACGCAUCUGCCAGAGCUAUGCCUGCCCGUGCCGAGCGACAAGGAGCAGCUGGAUCCGCUGAGCAAGGUGAAGACAGUGCAUAUCCAAUGCUUGUGGGACAAUCUCAGUUUGCAUAACGAGGCCAGUGGGCCGCCCAUGUACAUACUGUACCGGGAAGUUCAGCCAACGAACCUGUUUGCCGAUCAGCAGGCUCAGCUCAACAAGAAUGUCAUUCAGCAAAUCAUUUCGGCCAUUCGAUGCAACGAUUUCGCCACUCCUUUGAAGCGUCUGGCCAACGAGCGGCACAAACUGAAGAGUGAUGGUGUUGAGCGCUCGCAUUCCUUCUAUCGGGAUAUACUCUUCCUGGCCCUGACCGCCAUUGGCAGGACGAACGUGGAUUUGGCCACAUUCCAUCGCGAAUAUGCGGCCGUCUUUGAUAAGCUGACGGAGCGGGAGUGCAAUAUGUAUUAUCGCAAUCAGGAUUUGCCGCCAUCGGCCUCGACCAUCUUCUGUCGCGCCUACUUCCGGCCCCUAUCACUACCCUGACGUUGCCUUGAUGAGACUCAGCAGGGAGUAGCAGGUCAGGGCGAUGGAGAUGAGCAAGGAAUGCAUCAGGAAAGAUAGAAGCACAGCGGAACUUAAAAAGACAAAACCACGAUUAAGACCAAAAACGAAGAUUAACGAAAAAUUUAUAAAAACGGAGACCAGGAACAUAAGGAAAACAAACUUGAACAAGAACGAAACGCUUAUCAGACACCCUCUAAGGUUGGGACGAACCCGAAGCUGGGGGACAAUUCUGGCACCAAUUUUUCCUUGGGGAACAAAAGUUAAUAUACAUCAAAUGUUUUUUAAAAAAAAUAAUUGUAACUUUUUGUAGAGUAAACUUGAUUUAAAGCAUUUUAAAGGCUUCUUUGUAUAAAUAGUAGAACAAUUUUUUGCAACUAAAAACUUAUGGUUUCUAAGGAAAAAUACGAACCGAAUUCGUCCGUGAAAAAAACCCUCAGAGUAAUUUUUUAUUGUUAUAUUUUGUAUUGGUGACCAAACCGUAAAAUGUGUAAAUAAUGAUGAUAAUGAAAUGAUUUUAUUUCUUAAGUAUUCCCCAGACUUAAUUUCCUCGAUGUUUGAUUUAAGAACAAAGUUAUACACGACAUAUAAUAUGUACACACCUAACACGAAUGACAAUACAUAAUUACUUGCUGCACUUGGGCAGUGCGUUUCACGAGUGUAAAGAUGUCCCUCACUAAAUCU